GCACAUCCGGGUCCCCCGCGCAGGCGGUGACGUCACGCGCGCGACGCUCGCUCCAAAAUGGCGGCGGAGGCGUCUAGAGGCUGAGGGAGGCUCGCGAACUGUGUGGCCGAGGCGACGACAGCAACAACAACAAACAAACAAAGCAAAAUAAUAAACAACAACAAACAGAGCAGAAACCGGCGACGAGCUUUGCAAAGCGGCGCGCUAAGGUAGUCGCGUCAGCGCAAAAGCAGCGCGCUGUAAACGAGCGGGAGCCCUCCGCUGUUCAAGGCAAUGCUAGCGGGUUGAGGUGUCGGUGGCGCUGAAAAGAUUUUAGAUUUUGACUCCCAAGGCGUUUUUUUUUGUUUGUAUGUGUUUGUGAAACGCGAGCGGUGAUUUACAACAACAGCAGCAGCAGGGUAUCGGGGCACUGCUAGCGGCGUCGGCGGAUAGAUAUUGCGAGGAGGGGUUAAAACAGCGGAGCCGCCGUCAUGGAGGGGAUGUCGCUAAGCGAGAGCGAGCAGAGCUACUACGCCGAACUCUUCGGCUACUGCGACGUGGACAACACGAAGAAGGUGGCCGCGUGGAGCCGCGUCAGCGAGCUCUUCAGGGCCUCGCAGCUGCCGCCAGACGCCCUCCUGCAGAUCACAGAGAUGUGUGGUGCGAAACGACUCGGCUAUUUUGGCCGCAGCCAAUUCUACAUUGCGCUCAAGCUCAUAGCCGUGGCCCAGGCCGGGCUGCCGAUGCGUCUGGAAAGCCUCAGUACAGUGCGUGACCUCCCCCGCUUCGUGGUGGGCAAGAGCGAGCAGCCCGAGUCGUCCCGGCACGUGACGCCGUCGCACCACGCUCCAGAGCAGCACGAGGGUGGCCCCGUGACCCCGGGUGGCAGCAGCUACUCGCGGGUGAUCCCACCGCCGCCGGCACGCGCCCACCUCAAGAAGCUGGCGCCGUCACAGCCGCAGGACCCACCGGGUACCGGCACGCCGGCCAGAAUGCCCUCUUUGGACCAGCAGUCCGUGUCCAAGUCUCCUCCGCAAGAGACGCCGUCACCCGUGGUGUCCCCGCACCACUCCCCGCCGGCAUCACCUGUGGCGUGGCGUCCCGGCCAGCGGCACCCGAGCGGCGACAGAGGCCCUGCCUGGGCCCCGUACGUGGCCGAGAGACAGCCAGGAGCGGAGGGUGCCUCUUGGCCGGUAGGCUCCACGCCCCCGCAGCAAGAGAACUGGGUCAGCUUUACUGACAGCGCUACGACGAUGCCGGAAGGGGGGGCGCCCGUGUCAGCCACUCCCACCGCCCCCACGCACUUUGUGGCCUCGCAGGAUCACACUGCGACCGGGUCGGUAUCGCGUGCGUCGGCGGCCGGCGGUGGCGGCGGUGGCGGCGGCGGUGGUGGCGGAGGCGGUAUUGGCAGCAGUGGCGGCAGCGGCAAGGAGCUGCAGCGCAGCGCCAGCUACAGCGAGGACCCGUGGCGAAUCACAGAGGAACAACGCGACUACUACAUCAACCAAUUCAAGACGAUCCAGCCCGAUCUUGGUGGGCUCAUUCCCGGCUCUGGUGCCAAAGAGUUCUUCACUAAAUCCAAACUGCCUAUAGUGGAGCUGUCUCACAUAUGGGAGCUGUCGGACUUCGACCAGGACGGGGCGCUGACGCUGGACGAGUUCUGCGCUGCCUUCCACCUCGUCGUGGCUCGCAAGAACGGAUACGAACUGCCCGAGAAGCUCCCCGAGAGCCUCGUGCCCAAGCUCAUUGACAUUGACGAUGCCACCCACGUGCCAAACCCCAUUGCCGAGGCGUCGUUCACGAGCUCCCCUGUCGAGGCAGCGACGAGCAAAUCGCCGUCACUCAACCAGGCAUGGAGCGACCUCCACCAGAACAGCGAGCAGUGGGAAACGUUCAGUGAUCGCUCUUCAAGCUGCCAGACUCUCACUCAGUUUGACUCUAACAUCGCGCCGGCCGAUCCUCGUGGUGACCGCGUGGUUGCGUGCAUUGGGCAGGAGACGGCAAUCGUCCACCCGGUGGCCAUCCGCAUGACGCCCAGCAAAAUCCACAUGCAGGAGAUGCACAUCAACAGGGCCACGCCAGCAGAGAUGGGUACGCCGGUGAGCCAGCCACACCCCACGCCGUCGAGAGCCACGGAGCAGCCAUCCGCCGCUAAAUUUUCCGUGGCAAAAAGCGUCGAUGGUUUCCACAGCUCUGAGUCGUCCGUUUCGUCAGAUGCGGAAGCUUACGGUGCCGGCUUCUCAAGGCCAAGGUCGUUCUCGGGUACCUCCGUGGACGAUUCGCUAAAGAAGCAGGUGGCGCCACCCCCGCCACCCCCUCCGAGGCCCAACCAGAGCCACUCGCGCUCCUCCUCCCUCGACCUCAACAAAGUGUUCCAGCCGCCCGCACAGGGCCAGCAGACCGCCGGCCAGCAGCCUGCGCCACCUCCUGCAGUGCCACCCCGGCCACAUCCUCAGGCGCUGCAGACAUCCCGCUCCAUCGACGGCGCCGACAUGGUUCCCGGCGCGUCCGGAGUGCCGCUGCUGUCGCCGCCCAUCUCCGAGCAGCCCAACUUUGCCGACUUCACGCACUUCGGAGCGCUGCACGCGGUGCCCGAGGUUGACCGAGCCGCGGGAGACACGCCGGACCCGCAGGCGCCCGCGCCGGUCGAAAAGGCACCAGUGAAAACAGAAAGCCGCGUUGAGGAAAAGACCGUGACGAACAACAAGAUACAGCAGAGGGCGACGUCGCCAGCGCAGCCGGCACCCAAGAAGCCAUCGCGGCGGCAGCUCAAGUCGGACGAGGAGACGGUCGCCGCCCCCCCGCCGCCACCGCCGCCCCAAGAGGAGCCCCUGCGCAAGCCAGGGGGCAUCGCCGCCCUCGGCGCCACCCAGCCCUCGCUGCAGAGGUCGGUGGGCAACGAGAAAAAAGUGAUCCAAGCGUCGAUCCGCAAAAACAAGGAGACCAACACUGUCUUGGCUCGGCUCAACAGCGAGCUACAGCAACAACUCAAGGAUCUGCUCGAAGAAAGGAUUGCACUCGAAGCGCAGCUGGAGCAACUCCGUCCAUUCUCGCACACGUAGCUACAUCGGUCGCGCCCCAGAC